AUGUCGGACCAGAAGAUCGCCAUCGUCUCCGUCUACGACAAGACCGGUCUGUUGGAUCUGGCCAAAGGCCUCAACCAGCAGAAUGUUCGCAUUCUCGCGUCCGGUGGCACUGCCAAAAUGAUCCGCGAGUCGGGUUUUCCCGUCGAGGACAUCUCCGCCAUCACCAAGGCUCCCGAGAUGCUCGGUGGCCGCGUCAAGACGCUGCACCCCUCUGUCCACGCCGGAAUCCUAGCCCGCAACCUCGAGUCCGACGAGAAGGAUCUGGCCGAGCAAAACAUCAACAAGGUCGACUAUGUCAUCUGCAACCUGUACCCAUUCAAGGACACCGUUGCCAAGAUCAACGUGACCAUCCCCGAGGCUGUGGAGGAGAUUGACAUUGGCGGCGUCACCCUCAUUCGCGCCGCCGCCAAGAACCACAGCCGUGUCACGAUCCUGAGCGACCCCAACGACUACGCCGGUUUCCUCAAGGAACUUGAGGCUGGUGAGAUCACCGAGGCCAGCCGCAAUGCCUACGCCCUCAAGGCCUUUGAGCAGACCGCCGACUACGACUCCGCCAUCUCCGACUUUUUCCGAAAGCAGUACGCCUCUGAAGGCAAGCAGCACAUGACCCUGCGCUACGGUGCCAACCCCCACCAGAAGCCCGCCGCCGCGUUCACCGACGCCGGUGAAAUCCCCUUCAAGGUCCUCGGCGGUUCGCCAGGCUACAUCAACCUCCUUGAUGCGCUCAACGCCUGGCCUCUGGUCAAGGAGCUCAAGGAGGCCCUCGGCAAGCCCGCCGCUGCCAGUUUCAAGCACGUUUCGCCUGCCGGCGCUGCCAUUGGUAUUCCUCUGACCGAGGACGAGCGCAAGGUGUACUUCGUCAACGACAUCGAGGGCAUUGAAUCCUCGCUUCUGGCUCAGGCCUACGCCAGGGCUCGUGGUGCCGACCGCAUGAGCAGCUUCGGUGACAUGAUCGCCCUGAGUGAUACCGUGGAUGUGCCCACCGCUAGCAUCAUCUCGAAGGAGGUGUCCGACGGUGUUAUCGCGCCAGGUUACGAGCCCGCGGCCCUGGAGAUCCUCAAGAAGAAGAAGGGUGGCAAGUACCUCGUCCUCCAGAUCGACGAGAACUGGGUUCCUGACGACGUCGAGACGAGGACUGUGUACGGCAUCAAGCUGCAGCAGCACCGCAACGAUGCCAAGAUCGGUCCCAACAUUUUCGGCACCAUCAUUACUCCCAAGGACUCAGCUCCCCUUUCUGAGGAUGCUCUGCGGGACCUCACAGUCGCCACGCUUGCCGUCAAGUACACGCAGAGCAACUCCGUCUGCUACGCCGCCAGGGGCCAGACCAUCGGCCUGGGCGCCGGCCAGCAGUCUCGCAUCCACUGCACGAGGCUUGCUGGUGACAAGUCAGACAACUGGUGGCUUCGCUUCCACCCGAGGGUGCUGGGCAUCAAGUGGAAGAAGGGCACCAAGCGCCCCGACAAGAGCAACGCCAUUGAUCUGCUCGUCAGCGGCGAGCUGCCCAAGGGCGGCAAGGAGCGCGAGGCCUUCGAAGGUGUCUUCGAGGAUGUGCCAGCUGCCUUCACCGAGGCCGAGCGGGAGGAGUGGCUGGGCAAGCUGACCAAUGUGGCAGUUUCGAGCGAUGCCUUUUUCCCCUUCAUCGACAAUGUCUUCCGCGCCGCGCGGUCAGGCGUCAAGUAUAUUGCGGCCCCAGGCGGCAGCCAGAACGACAGCGCCGUCUUCGAGACGGCAGAGAGCCUCGGCAUCACCUUUGUGGAGCAGUCUCAUCGUCUCUUCCACCACUAA